AGAACAAGAAAGAAAGAAAAGGUUUGUUGAUAAACAAUAAUUAAGAAAUUCUCUCGUUUUUGCGCAGAUUCCUUCCCUUUUCUCAACAGGGAAAACAGAAACUCUUUCUGGUUCCUCUCCGUUAAAGGAAAGCAUCGCCGGUGGCUUCAAUUUAAAUCUGCACAAUAUAAAAAUCACGAAAUUCCAUUUCCCACAGUACCCUCUCUUUUCACUUAAAUUACUCUCUUUACCACUGCGUUGAACCUUUAACUGAGGGGCCUCAGAGUCAUUUCACAAGCACUUCCGCUACAAACAUUCUUCGACAUUCAUCAUUCAUUCUCACACGACACCGUUUCACCCACUUGACGGCGUCGUCGUGGCUUCAGCUUCGCCAAAACCUGCUAUUUUCACUACCCUCACAAAUUCAUUUCCCAUUUUACCCCUCCCGGCGUUCCAAAUUCCAAUUCGCACCAAUCGCAGUUCGAUUUCGCGAAACACUCGAGUCCGGAGGCUUCGAUUUUCAAAAGCCGCAAAACGGAGCCCUAAAAAUUAUUCUUCUGGGGGUUCUCUGUCUUUGUUUGAUUUUGGGAUUGAAACUGUUGAUCCGUUCGGGAAUGGCGGAUCGAGGAGAAGACGAGGAUUUGCAAAUGGCAAUUCGGAUGAGCAUGCAGCGCGUGACGCCAGAGCCGAAGCGUAGCAAACCGAGGGAUGCAUCCGCCGGAGUGGUUUCGGGGUCGCCGGAGGAUUCGCCGGAAUUCAAGACAAGGCGACGCGAACUCAUGGCGGCGGCAGCUGAGAAGCGGAUGGCGGCGGCCGCGAGGGUUUUACCUUCGCCUUCUCCGCCGGCCGCUGUUAAAGCGGGAAAGAAGGGUGGCGAAGUGGGGAGGAAGGAGGAAGAGUUGCGUUUGAAAGGUGGGAAUUUGGGUAAGGAGUUGUCUGCGGAAGAAGCUAAUCAGUUGUUUGCUAUGGUGUUUGGGAAUGAAGUCUCGAAGGGCAUUCUUGCACAGUGGAGCAACCAGGGAAUAAGGUUUAGCUCUGAUCCUGAAACAUCAAUGGGCCUAGUGCAGCAUGAAGGUGGCCCCUGUGGCGUUUUGGCAGCUAUACAAGCAUUUGUGCUUAAAUACAUUCUUUUCUUCUAUGAUGAGUUGAAAGAUGUAUCACACAUGCCACAAAAGGGUCCAGGUGCAUCAUUUAAAAGUCCAUCUGUUCCAUCGUAUAAUUUUUCUUCACUUACUGAAGGUGUAAAAGUAAGAGCCCUUGUAAGAAGUAUGCGUGAAAUUUUAUUUUCAUGUGGAAGUAAUAGAAGGGUUGUGAUUGCAACUUUGAGCAUUCCAGAGAAUGACAUUCAGCGUUUUGAAGGGAUUUCAGAGGAUGAGGUCAUUGCAAAAUCUCUUAAAGGUCUUUCCAUUGAAUCUACCUUGGAUCUGCAGAAGGUUCUUAGAAUUGAAAUCUGCACAUCACAGACAACUGCAUUGCAAAGGCUUGAAGCAAAUCUUCCCUUAUUCCAAAGUCGAAUGGGAGCUUUGCUUUUUCUAAUCUCUGCCUUACUUUCCCGGGGACUGGACUUGGUUCAAAGUGACAGGGAUGAUCCCAGCCUACCACUGGUUACUGCACCUUUUGGGCAUGCCUCCCAGGAAAUUGUAAACCUACUGCUUUGUGGGCAGGCUGUGCCUAAUGUGUUUGACGGAAGGAUGGAUUUAGGUGGAGGAAUGUUUCUGAAAGGUAUAUCAAGAGAUGUAGAAGUUGGAUUUCUCACUCUACUAGAAUCCCUGAAUUUUUGCAAGGUUGGUCAGUUUCUGAAAUCCCCAAAGUGGCCUAUAUGGGUUGUGGGGAGUGAAUCCCAUUAUACAGUACUGUUUGCUCUUGACCCCCGUGUCCAAAAUGAGAAUGAACUGGAAGGAAGGGAAACUCAGAUUCGCAAAGCUUUUGAUGCACAAGAUCAGAGUGGAGGUGGUGGUUUCGUUAGUGUGGAAGGGUUUCAUCAAGUUCUCGCAGAAACAAAUAUUAAACUUCGGCCAGAGAAGCUAGAACAUCUUUGCUCUGCUGGAUUCAUCGUAUGGAGUGAAUUCUGGCAAGUAAUUUUGGAUUUAGACAGCAGCUUGGGAGGUUUGAAGGAUUCAUCAGGACUGAUGGGUAGGAAGGUUUUUAAUCUAUACCAUUUUAAUGGGAUUGCUAAAUCAGAUCUGAAUGGCGGCCAAUCAAAUUCUGGGGCUGAAACUCCCCUGCAAAGACCCAGGCUGACAAAAUUGAGAGUUUCAGUUCCCCCAAGGUGGACGCCUGAAGAAUUUAUGGCAGAUGUAAAAGUUUCCUCUGCUUCAAGUGCAGGAGAGUCUGCAGCGAAGGACACUGAAGUAUCUAAACCAGAGCCUUCUCAGCAUGCACCUUUGGUGGACUGCAUAAGGACCCGCUGGGGCCGUGCUGUCUGCAGCUGGUCAGGGGAUCCUCCUAGUAUAGUCUGAGAGACCUUAUUUGAAGUUGUUUGCUGUGUUUACGUGGCUUUAUCAGGUAAAGCACAAUCGGGUCGGCAAAGAGAAGAUGAAGUUUUUAUGCUUUUAACUUUGAUGUUGUACCUCGAGGGGGUUCAAAUCUCCAAAUUUUCUCCAUUAUGUGCAUAUCCGUUAUAUAAUGUGGAUUCAUGUAUAUUCAACAUAAUUUUUCGAUUUUGUCAUGUCAUUCAGAAGGAACAAAGAAGAGGGAUGCGAUAUUUAUUGUUUAGCAUACUUGUAACAACCAUUUAAAUGUAUUCGCAUCAAAUAGGAAGAUUUAUAGUUGUUUGGGGGGAGGGGGGGAAUUACACGUGAAAUCUGUUCUUAGUUUCUGAAAUUGUAAUAGUAAAGUAUCAUGCUUGGCUUCUGGAAUAGGGGAAAAUGAAUAGUCAUAGAAUAAUAUGAUCGCGCCCUCAGUUGUGGAACAUCUCACCACUCUCUCUCUCCAUUUCUUUUUUUCUCUUGUAAUGAUUAAUGGGCAUCUAUAUUCCAUGCGUUUCGGUCC